ACCGGGGCUAACCCAGUGACGUCACCAAUUGACACUCAAGUUAUCAGGCGCGCAAACACAAUCUUAUCGAAGUCCACAACAACGAUAUUAUACACGUCCGUGUAAUCAUAUGUACGUGACAACGUCAAUACUAUCAUAUGUGAGUUUAGUGAAUGCGGAAAAAUAAAAUCUAAUGAAAAAUAAUCCCUACAUUUCGAUAGUGAAUUUAUGUGUUUUAAGUACAUGAGAUUUGUGUUUAAAAGAAAUUCACCAGGUCCGUAAGAUCGAUUUAAGCAAUGGGCGAUGUCCAAAGGUACACGUUGGCGGACGUAGCGUCGCGUAACGGGAAAAACGCACCCGUGUGGAUUAUCUACAAGGAUUCAGUCUACGACGUCACAACGUACGUGGAUGAGCAUCCCGAUGGACCGGACUCGAUCAUGGAGCAGGCCGGCAAAGAUGCCACGAAGGACUUUGACCAAACAGGUCACACUGCCGACGCCAAGACCAUCAUGACCAAGUACAAGAUUGGAGAAAUUAUAGAGGAAGAAAAGAAAUACGACGCUAAUGGCAAAAAGAAGAAGAAAGUGGUCUCUGCUCCCCCAGAGAAGAACAACAGGAGUUGCAUAAACAUCGUCACGUGCGGAUUGAUUGGCUAAGCGAAAUUUGUACUUUAAGUUUUAGGAACUAAGAUUCGUAAUUAAACCUUUUAUAUUUUAA